AUGAUUACCAGAAGACUAGCACGACCGGCGAGCGCCUUUGCAUCAUCGACUUGGACUUGCCCUUCUUGUACCCGAGCCUCCAUCAUAUCACAGACACGAUUACCACAGCAGCAACGGCGAGCCCAUCACGUUCCACCUUUGACAUUCGACGAGACCUUCAGACAAGAUGGUAUCCCAGGCCUGCUCAGCGAUCAAGGCUUCCGAAUAGCAUGGACGGACUAUCAAGCACUUCUCGUGCAGAAGCUCAAUGAACUUACAGCCGGCGAACCAACGGAGAACGCGCAGACAAAGGACCUCGCCCUACAAUUCGCCCGAAACCCCAUGGCCGCCUCCCUCUUCAACCAUGCCAGUAUGGCGCACAACAAUCACUUCUUCUUCUCCACCCUUUCCACCGCUCCCAUGAAACUGGACAAACUGCCGACCUUAGAACAGUCUCUCUGCACCACCUUCGGCUCUAUCGGCACACUUCAGAUGACAAUGCUCGACACCGCUGCAUCGAUGUUUGGCCCUGGCUUCGUCUGGCUGAUCUGGGCUCGCAAUCUGGACAACUCAUCCGUAGGCGGCGGAAGCAAAUUGCGAGGCAGCUGGCGUAUCCUCACCACCUACCUAGCCGGAACUCCUUAUGCCGAAGCCGGCUACCGCCAACAAGGGAUUGACGCCAACAACCAGAACGCGAAGAGCUACGACGAGUACAUGCGCGCAACGCCUCCUGUGGGCGCUUUUGGGGCGUACAGUAAGAGCGGACAGGAGCAGGCGAAGCUGCCGCCCGGAGGUACGAAUGUGUUACCAGUGCUUUGUGUAAACACGUGGGAGCAUGUGUGGUUGAGGGAUUACGGUAUAAAUGGGAAGAGGACUUUCUUGAAAGACUGGUGGGAUGCGAUUGAUUGGGCAGCGGUGGAGCAGAAGACACCGAGGGAGGCGAGCCAGCCGGUGCAGUUUCACAGGGCCUAA